UAUGAAUAAAUAACAUCCUCCCUGGGGUUCUUAAAUAGGUGUGGCACAUGGUGGUGUAAUAGGGUAUUCAAAUAGUGAACCUAAUUAUGAUUUUACAAAACCUCACCUCUAUGAGGUUCAUUAUAAAAAAGAAGAAUCUGGAUUGAGAUGUGAUAUUUUUAUGGGAUAUAAGUAAAAUAAAUAUAUAUAUAUAUAGAUAUUAAUGUGUUGAAUUUGCAAGAAGGUUUUUUGUUUUGAAUUAUAAAACCAUGUUUACAGAUGUAUAAAAAGCACCAGAUAUUUGGGAUUUAGAAACUGUUGAAGAUUUAACAAAAGAAUCUGGUACAUUUCCAUUUGUUGGAUUUAAAUAAGGAGGAAAUGAGUAAAUUUUAGAAUUUAAAUAAUAGACCACCAAAAUUUGGUGAUUUAUUAUUGGCUCCAUAAAGUGAACAUUAACCUUGGGGUCAUGUAGCUGUUGUUGUAGGAGUUGGAGAUGGAUAUAUUGAUUUAGCUGAAUAAAACUAUGAAGAUGCUGGUUGGAUUACAGAAACAUAUGCUAGAAGAGUUAAAGUAGAAUGCAAAGAUGGCAAUUACUUUGUUACUUAUAUUAGAGUUGGGUAUUUAUUGCAAUUUUAACAUUAUUCAGAUAAGAAGAUAAAUUUAAUGAUUCUUGGGACAAGGAUGAGAUAAUUAUUGGUUGGAAAAGAAUAAUAUUUAAUUGAGUUU